AUGGCGCAUAGGGCGCCGAGCGGGCGGGCCCCGGCUGCGGCUCCGGCUCCGUCCCGGCGGCUGGCGCGGAGGGUCCUCGUGCUCUUCACGCUGUCUCUCUCCUGCUCCUACCUCUGCUACAGCCUCCUCUGCUGCUGCGGCGGCCCCGCCGCGCCCCGCGCCCGCUGCCCGCCCGCCCGCGCCGCCGCCAAGAAACUUCUGCAGAAGUCGCGGCCGUGCGGCGGCCGCCCCCCCGCCGAGCCCCCGGGCAGCGCCGCGCCCGCCCGCCGCCCGCGGGACCCCCCGGGCAGCCCCCCGGCGCCGGCCCGUCCGGGCUCCAAGCGCUUGCCGCAGGCGAUCGUGGUGGGCGUUAAGAAGGGGGGGACCCGCGCCGUGCUGGAGUUCAUCCGGGUGCACCCCGACGUGCGCGCCCUGGGCACCGAGCCCCACUUCUUCGACAGGAACUACGACCGCGGCCUGGAAUGGUACAGGAGCCUGAUGCCUCGAACGCUCGACAGCCAGAUCACGGUGGAGAAGACCCCCAGCUACUUUGUCACCAAGGAAGCACCACGGCGCAUCUUCAACAUGUCCCGGGACACGAAGCUGAUCGUGGUGGUGAGGAACCCGGUCACCCGGGCCAUCUCGGACUACACACAGACUCUCUCUAAGAAGCCAGACAUCCCCACCUUUGAGGGGCUGUCCUUCCGCAACCGCAGCCUGGGGCUGGUGGACACCUCCUGGAAUGCCAUCCGCAUCGGGAUGUACGCUGUGCACCUGGAGACCUGGCUCCAGUACUUCCCCCUCUCCCAGAUCCACUUUGUCAGUGGGGAGAAGCUGAUCACGGACCCAGCCGGGGAGAUGGGCAAAGUCCAGGACUUCCUGGGCAUCAAACGGGUUAUUACAGACAAGCACUUCUACUUCAACAAGACAAAAGGAUUUCCUUGCCUGAAGAAGUCUGAGAGCAGCGGCUUGCCCCGCUGUCUGGGCAAGUCCAAAGGCAGGACUCACGUGCAGAUAGACCCUGAGGUGAUCGAGCAGCUUCGGGACUUUUACAGACCUUAUAAUAUCAAAUUCUAUGAAACAGUCGGGCAGGACUUCAGGUGGGAAUAAGCAUCCGGGAGCAGAGCUGUGGUGACGUGAGGCUGCACUCUUCCAUGAGGGAGGCCUAGAGGUGAUGGAGCCAGGAAACCCCCACCAGCUCAGAAUCUGUGAGCAGAGACAGAUGAGGGGCACCUGCUGCCCUCAGGAGGCCAGGAUGCUCCAGGGGGAGCCAAGACAGAGGAAGACACAGAGUCCUGCAGAGCUGCUGCAGGAGGAGCGCCCGGCAGGCACUGCCCGUCCCGGCAGGUCAGUGCUGCCCUGGCUUGCUCUGUGGGGUCCCAUUUGCUUUUACUGACGUGUCCCUGGUGAUGGCCCUGUCCUGCAGCCCAUGCUCUUCCAUGUCCUGAAGCAAACAGGUGCUCCCACAUACCCCUGCCUGCAGGCAGUGGCUGUGGGGCUGUCCCCGUGGGGCUGCAUCCUGCCGUGGUGCUGGGCCAGCAGAGCUUUGCCUUUUGUCACAGCACAGUGUGUAACCAUGAGGACACUGAGAUGUAUCUGCUUGAAAAAAGAAGUCUAUGGGAAAUGUUGUACUGGUAUUUUGUCCUGUGAAUAAAGCACAGAAUCCUGCUGUUACGGGUACUUUAGUGACACCGGUUUCCUUGUUCAGCAUGUGAUCCCUUUGUGUAAAUAA